GCGGUGUUGGCGGUGCGGACGGAGCAUGGCCAGCAGUGACUGUAGUUUGCAGGAGCACGACGGGCCGUGUCUCCCUCGCCGCCGUCGUCGGACGCGACUGCGCUUGGUGGACGCCCGGCGUCGUCACUGGCAGACGCUGGCUCUCCUCUGCAGUUCGCGCCGCUAGCAGCAGUAGCACUGGCAGUGGCAGCGUCUGCUCCCGCCAGGACCCGACCAACCUCCCACAACCUCGCGAGGCACAUUGGCAGUCCGCUUCCUGACCUUGCUCCUACGGCACUCAUGAGCAGCCUGUUCUCGUCCUUCAUCGUCGAGCCUGUCGUACGUCAAGCCCGUCGCUUCUCCUCGCAGGGGUCGCAGGCCAGACCGCCACCACCACCACCACCACCGCCUCUGCCAACCACAGCCCGUGCAGCUGCUGCUCCGUCACAUGCAAGUGCUGCAGCAGACGCAGCAGCAGCAGCAACGCCGCAAGAAAAUGAAGCCGAUCCCUCGACUCCGCACCGCACAUGCUCUCGCGCAAGCAGCGAGCUCUGCGGCGGGCACGACGGUGACGACAGUGCUAUAGCCGACGAAAGCCCCAGUCCUGCCGUUCGUCCUGGUGCUCUCACCCCGGAGGGGAACCACGCACAACGCUCGCGACCUCGACGUCGUACUCAACCGCAGCCCCACAGUCCAGAAUCCGAGCACAUUGCACUUGCCAGCGCCGUUGCGGGAGACACACUCGAAUCGCCGCGUGAUCCUUACGAGUGCCAUGAAGGCCGGAAUACGCCUGUAGGAAACGGUCGAGUCGACGCCGGACUAGACAUCGGACUGCUCGCUCCCGGCCCUGAGAACGACAUCAGCACAGGUGAUCCAAACGCAGUGGUAGACACCGCAGACAUGCCGUCAUCAACGCCGUCGUCGCAAGUGCACGAGCAACCGACAAGCGCUGCACGGGAUAUUCCGAGAGCGCAGAUGUCGCUGCCGCAGGACUCCCCCUCGAUGGCCGCCCAGUCACUACCUGCUGACGAUGGCAUGCGUCUCCUUCGCCAGAAGAUCCAUCAGAUUCGCGAAUCGAACGCGUCACAAGCCGAGAAGGCGCGGCGCAUGCACGAUCUCAUGACGGAGGAAUGGCAAGCUGCGCAGAUGUCUUUGCGGCCGCAAUCGCCAGCAUCAAUGACGUCGCAGGAGCGUGCAUUCAUGCCCUCAAGUCCAUUGAGCUGCAUCACGACGCCGGCGAGCCCGGAGAGCAUCGUCAGCGUACACGUCCCUCCAAUCGAUCCUAGCAACCCUUUCAACAUUCAUCCGGAAGACCUCCAACCCUCAUAUCGCCCUCUUGUCGACCCCGACCGAACCGCUGCCGACGAAAGCCAUGAUGAUGUUGGCGCCGCCGCCGCUAACACGGCUAUCACAGAGAACUCGGAGCCCGUGCUGGGCUGCAAGCAUUACAAGCGCAACGUCAAGGUACAAUGCUACGACUGCAAGGAAUGGUUCUCAUGCCGGCACUGCCACGAUGCCGCAACGACGACGCACCAUCUUAACCGCAAGGCCACCGAGAAUAUGCUUUGCAUGCUGUGUUGGACGCCGCAGGCAGCUGCGCAAUACUGCAAGGAGUGUGGAGAGAUGGCAGCGUGGUAUUACUGUGACAUAUGCAAGCUUUGGGAUGACGAUGCGAGCAAGAGGAUCUACCACUGCGCGGAUUGCGGGAUAUGCAGACGGGGCGAAGGGCUGGGCAAGGAUUUCGUGCACUGCAAGAAAUGCAACGUCUGUAUCUCCAUUGCCCACUACGCCACGCACACGUGCAUUGAAAACGCCACCGAUUCAAACUGCCCCCUUUGUCUAGACUACAUGUUCACCUCUCCUCUCGAGAUUGUCGCCAUGCCCUGCGGUCAUUACCUACACCACCACUGCUACAACUCUCUCAUGAUGUCCACCUACCAAUGUCCUAUCUGCAAGCGCUCUGCCGUGAACAUGGAGACGCAAUGGCGAAAGCUCGAGGAAGAGAUUCGCCACCAACCGAUGCCUCGUGAGUGGAGCGACGUCAAGGUCGAGGUCAAGUGCAAUGAUUGCGGCAGUCUGACCGUGGGCUGCUUCCACUGGUUGGGAGUCAAGUGCGGAAGGUGCGACGGCUUCAACACCCAGACCGUCCGCAUGAUGGCCGAGAGUGAAGACGUCCGACGGGACCUUGAGGAUUUUGCUGAGCGGAGACGCGAACGAAGAGCCGAGAGCGGGAGAACGAACUUCCGGCGGACGGUCACCGCCCCCGUGACUGUCAGACCGUACUUCCUCGACGACGAGGACGGCGCGAACAGCCGUCCCCGCAGCGUGCGACCGGGAGGCGACACUUUCAACAUCACGUUCCCCGAGUUACCACGGCUUCCGGAGCUUUCGAAUCGCCUGCCCAGUCUCGCCGAGUAUCGCGCGCGACUGCCCUCGGGGCUGCCGAACAUGCCGAACAUGCCGUCCAUGCCUGGGUUCAAUUUUCCCUUUGAUCUUGGCGUGCUCGACCGCGUCGGGCGUGGUCUGAGCCCCAUUCGCCAUUACUUCGACGACCAGAUUGCCGACGGAGUACCGCGACAGUUUCUUAGGGAGGGUCGUUGCGAUAUCAGAGGAAGUGCAGAGGGAGAGGAGGAACGUGACUGGCGAGAGGAUGAGAGCUGGGUUGUUGAUGGCGAGAGCAGCGAUGAGGAGGAAGAAGAAGAAGAAGAAGAAGAAGAAGAAGAAGAAGACGACGACGACAGCGAGGGUGAGUACGACGACGAAGAAAGCGAUGAAGAUACCUUGAAUCUUGGGGAACAGGAUGACGAGGAUGAUGACGAAGGAAGUGACCGCAUGACUAUCGAACUAAUCGGACAUCGAUGAGUAGAAAAGGACGAGGCAGUCCCCCCCUCUCUUUCAUAUCGCUGCAACUUCAGUUACAGGAACGGGCACAGCAUGGACAAAAGAAUUAUCGAUGGGCGUAUCUCUGGAAUUGGGCUUUUUGAAUCACAAGUACUGUCGAAUGGAACAUGCAUAACAUUUUGCAAGGCGUCCGGACGGGGUAAUAUGCAUAUAACAAACCGACAUGGCGGCUUUAUCCGUUCUACUGUAAUCGAGUAGACCACAUGACACUAGCUUAUGUAUUGGAUGAGAAUGACGAUGUUACGGGCAUAUAUGACCUUGGAUCCUGCUGGGGUGCUGCACUCUGCUAGGCCUGAACUGCAAUCAAAUCGUGUCAAGCGGCCGUUGAUUUGGAAUUACCAAAGCGCAAUAGCGUCAUCCUAUCUCCAAAAAUUGGUAAUAUUGUUGCAAUUAUCGUCGACUUCUCUAGUAUUAUUGGCGAGCAUCAGAAGUAGAAACGAUCGACCAAUGGCAAGCCCUGA